UUUUUCUUGACCUUUGUGCCACAUUUAAACUGCAUUAUGCUAUCCAGAGUUUGUUCCAGCUGGGUCUCUUCGCCGCCUCUGCUGAGGAAGACGGGUUGCUUGACGCUGCCAAAGUCGAGGCAGGCGUGCACGCAUAAGAGGACCCCCACGCGGCUGGAGCACCUGUGCGCCAUGAAAAAGGAGGAAUACGAUGUUCUGGUGAUUGGCGGAGGCUCUGCCGGCUGCGGCUGUGCGGUGGACGCCGCGAGUCGCGGCCUCAAAACGGCCCUAAUAGAUGCCGUGGACUUCUCCAGUGGCGCCAGCUCAAAGUCGAGCAAACUAAUUGACGGCAGCGGCUCCUAUAUCACUGAUAUCAUCCGGGACAAGGACUUCGAGCACCUGCACAUGAUGCAGCAGGUGAUGAGCGAGCGUGCCACCAUGCUGAAGAUCGCCCCCCAUCUGAACCGGGUCCAGCCGAUGCUCAUGCCGAUCUACAGUGUCGUCCGCUUGCCCCUCUAUUGGCUGGGCUUCAAGGCGUACGACUGGUUGGCUGGAGCGUCGAACGUGCGCAGCUCUCACUUCCUCUCCAAAGAGGAAACCCUCGACGAAUUCCCCCUGCUGAAGUCCAAGGGUCUGCGUGGCGGACUGGUCUACUACGAUGGCCAGGUGGACGACGCCCGUAUGUGCAUAGCCCUCGUCAUGACAGCCGUCCAUCUGGGGGCGAAUGUGGCCAACCACAUGGAGCUGAUCGAGCUGAUACGCAAGGAUGGCUGCUGUCGGUGUGCCGGAGUCCGGGACGUCCUCACCGACGAGAAGUUCUACAUCGAGGCCAAGUCGGUGAUCAAUGCCACAGGCGCCCACACGGACACAGUUCGACAGCUGAGCGAUAGCACAACGAUGCCGAUUUCCAUGCCCACCCUGGGCACCACCCUCGCCCUGCCCAGCUACUUCGGCUCGCUCCAGUACGGCCUGCUAUGUCCUGCCGCAUCGCAGCAUGACCCGACGCUGGUAAUGGUACCCUUCGAGAACCACGUUCUGCUUGGCACUUCGGAGGGCGUUGUCGAUGAUAUUGGACAGAUCCCCACGCCCCAGCCGGAAGAUGUGGAGCUGCUGUUGGACUCGGCCCGCGAUCACAUGGAAAAAACCGUUCAACUGGGUCCGGAAAAUGUGCUCAGCGCCUGGACAGCCAUGCGGCCGGCCGUAGUCUGCCCAUCGGAGGCCAGACCGGAGGCAAGACCGGAAGUAAGACCAGAGGCAGGCCCGGAGCUAGGACUGGAGCUAAGACCGGACGCAGUUGUAGACAAGAAACGGCCGCUGGUACGCAACUAUCUUCUGGAGAUCAGCGAGGGCCGUCUGAUCACCUUGGGCGGCGGCCGUUGGAGCACCUACCGCGUGAUGGCCGCCGAGGCGGUGGACGCCGCCAUCGACGUGUGCGACCUGAACCCCGACCUGCCGGAUAGCUGCACCAGUGAUCUGAUCCUGGACGGAGCAGAGAACUGGUGCUUUAUGCUCCCCCUCGACUUCGUUCAGGCCUACGACGUGCCCAUGGACGUUGCACAGCACAUUGCCGACUCCUAUGGAUCGAAUGGUCACACCCUCCUAUCGGAGGCCACGUCAAAGAAGCGCCUGCACUGCCACUUCCCCUACAUCGAGGCAGAGGUGCAAUAUGCAGCCAGGCACGAGUACGCCUGCACCCUGGUGGACAUCAUUGCGAGACGACUGCGCGUGGCCUUUGUGGAUGCGUUGGCCGCACUCGACAUGCUGCCACGCAUCCUGGACAUCAUGUCCGAGCACCACAAGUGGAGUGAGACCGAACAGACGAAGCAACUGGUGCUGGCCCAGCACUUUCUGGUGCGUCAGAUGGGCCUGGGAUCUGUUGUGAAGGCCAAGAAGAAGCUCCAAACGAACGCCAAAAUCAAGGAGUCAACGACUACCGCUUCGUGUCCGUCGAAGCCGCAGAUCCAUGCCAGGAAAUUCUUCAAGGCUCUUGCCAUGGGUGUGUCAUCUCCCAAAAUAGUACAUAGCCUGUGUCGUAAGCCAAAGAAAUCGGAAAAGUACCAGUUCGCUGUGACCAAGACCAAAAAGAAGAGCACUGCCAAAGAGAAAUUUCCUACUCCGGAGACACCGUAUGGGUUCCUGGCCUUGCCCGGGACGAGCGGCAUCACCACGGCAGCAGCCACCUCUCCAGCCCCACCCGAGACGGGCCUGGAUCCCACUACCACGUCCACGGACAAGCGCGAUCCGCCCUCUUCAGUGUGGCGCAACAAAUUCAUGUGCUGAGCAAAACCAUUGUCCUACUCCCUAUCACGAGAUGCCACAUAUGAAGUCGAGUGCCAGCAAGCUUGGGUAAAAACUAAGGUCUGUUCGCCACAGUCCGAAGUGCAUAGAUACCGUGAAUAAAGCAGAUGCAUUUCAAAUGUU